AUUGUUGAAAAUAUAGUUAUUGUUUGUUUGUGUGUAUGAUACAUGUAUAUAGUUGAUUUUUGAUUUCAGUUAAUAUAUACCUAAAAUCCCUAUUACCCUAGCAUUACUGAUCAUUAUUAUUAUUAUCAUAAUGUCGACUGAUGUAUUGAAUAGUAAUGCAGCCACUGCUAAUGCUGUUCCAACCGUAGAUAAUAAUAAUGGAACAUCAAAUACAUCGGCCAAUAAUUCAUCGAAUAAUGGCCAAAUAGAAUCGACAAAUUCAUCAUCUUCAUCGUCGUCAUCUUCGUCAUCGUCAUCUACAGCUUCAACAUCUAAUACCACAUUAUUGGCUACACAGCCACAACAAGCAUCAACUUCGAUGAUGGGUGCACCCACUUCAGUUGUGGUCACUAUAUCCACUCAACAACAACAGCAGCAGCAGCAUCAGCAGCAACAACAACAUGCCCAACAAGGACCUUCCACAUCAUCGCAAUCGACAUCAUCCUUGGUGGCUGGACCAUCAUCACAGGCCUCAUAUGUUGGCAUCAUAAACGAAAUACCGGGCACAUCGUCGACCUCGAUGCAAUAUCUAACCGAAACUGCCACAUAUUUGCAUUCGGUGAUGAGUCAAGGUCAAACCCAAACAUCACAUCAUCUAAUACAUCCGAUUCAAUCAUCAUCAUCAUCGAUAGCAUCGUCUUCCGGAUCUCAGAGUUUAGCUACCGAAACAGGUGUAGUAACGCAAAAUGUACAUCAUUUGAUCAAAAGACCAUUCGAAUCAAAUAUGGAUAAAUUGUUGACCGCCGAUGAUUCCUGUGGUUCGGCAUCUUCAUCUUCAAAACGUUCAAAAAUGUCAUCAUCAUCUUUGUCGCCACCACCGUCUAAAUUGUUUGAUGCUGAUGGCCUGACAAUGCGUCAAAAACUUGAACAACGAUUAAAUGGCAUUCUCUGCUGUGCUGUAUGUUUGGACCUACCACGUUCAUUUGUCUAUCAAUGUACGAACGGACACCUGAUGUGUGCCGGAUGUUUUACACAUGUAUUGGCCGAUGCUCGUCUACGUGAUGAAUCACCCACCUGUCCAAGUUGCCGAGUGAAUAUAUCGAAAGAAUCUUGUAGUCGUAAUUUGGCCGUAGAAAAAGCCGUGUCCGAAUUACCAGGUGAAUGCCGUUUCUGUCAACGAGAAUUACCGCGAUCAAUGUUGGAGAAACAUAUGACUGAAAUUUGCGAAGAAAGAAUAGUACCAUGUAGUUUCAGUAAUAUUGGCUGCCCUUGGAAUGGGCCCUUUCACGAAGCUGCCUAUCAUGCUAAUGAUUGUAGUCAUCCGAAUAAAUCGGCACGUGAAGUAUUGGCUCAUCUGGAGAAUGAGGAACGUCGUAGAUGUGAACAACGUCGUGUUCAUGAAACUUUGUUCACAUUGUUAUCAUAUGAAAAGAUUGCCUUUCAUGAUAUACAAUUUCGACCAUACCGAACUGAUGAAUAUAUACAUAAAUUGUUCUAUGAAACAUCUCGAUUUACCGCAUUCAACCUGCAAUGGGUGGUCAAAGCACGUGUUAAUGAUGAUCAACGAGAUCCAACACAAUCCUGUCAACGACAUCUGAGUUUUCAGCUUUGUCUCAAAUCAAAGAUCAACAAUGCAAUGACUAUACACUAUAUGUUACUCAAGGGACCACUUGGUGAAGCAAAAGUGCUACCCAUGAUAUAUAAAUUUGAUUUCAAUGAAUCACAGACUGAAUCCAAUUAUAAUUGCAUAAAUUUAGCAUCAACAAAUGCUGAUUCAAAUCGUCUACUAGCAGAACGUACGAUUAAUUUUCGUUUAAUCAUGUUUCAGGCAAGCAAAUGACGACGUUGUCGGUGAUGGUAUUGGUAAUUUAGAGUCAUCUGUAUUCCAUUUUCAUACAAAAAAAAACUAACAUACUCUCUACAAACAUUUUCGAUUCAUAUCGAUCCAUCCAUCACCGUUCAUUAUUGAUCAUCAUCGUCAUCAAAC